AUGAUGAAGAAAACAUUUUUGAUAAUUUCGGCAGCUUUGCUGUUUGCUGGUGGUUUUGCUUUAGAUGCUGAGAUGCAGGCAUCAAUUUCAAGAGAAGAUUUUGACAUAAUUUUCUCAAGAUUGACGAGUCCCCCUCAAUGUCAACAAUCUCGAUGGGAUCCUCUGAAUGUUAACUAUUCGAUUUAUAUUCCUGACGUCAUUGUAGCGAAAUAUUUAAAUGUUUUGUUUGUUGAUUUGACGAUUGAAGGUCUCAACACUUACAUCAUCAGCGAUUUCGCUUUUGGUGCAGAUCGCAUAAGUUUCCAGCUUAGCUCUCCGUUUGUACAGGUAAACGGACUUCACCGUAUGCACGGAUUCUAUUCUGGGACAUAUCUGCCUGAUUAUCCAGACUUUGAGUUCGAUACUCAUGCAUAUCCAGAUAUCGAUACGGUGACUGCAAACAUAACAGAUUUAACAGUACGAACAACGGUAAAUUUCCAAGGCGACCGAGCUAUACUUUCGUUCGAUUCUUUCCUAUUUGGAGCAGUUUCCUGUGAGUUUAGAGGAAUGGCAUAUUAUGACGAAUAUGAUGAAAUCAUUAGCAAGGAAAUAGGCGACGUGCUUCCAACAUUUUUCAGUGAAAAUCAACCAUUUGUAAUUAGAAAACUUCUUGAGUUUUACGUAGAAAAUUACAGCGUUGAACCAGAAUGUUAA